ACACUAAACUCUAUAAAAAUACAUGAAAAGUCAAGUUAGGGUAACUAUUACAAAUGGCGCUCAUGGCGUAAGAAGUUAUUCUUUUCAGCGACCAUCCUCCCAAUAGGGAACACGAAACGAGAACGUAAUUGGAGUGCUGAGUUUAGCCUCCUAUUCUCCUACUCCAUGGUCGUAUCGUUCCUAGUUCUUUCACGUGAGAACGGAUGCUAAUAAAUGCUAAGAAGAAGAGGAGAGUCAUGCUGACACGCUACAAUUUAAUUUAUAAGUCAUCUUUGGUAUAAUUGAGUGUAAUUAAUAAUAGUUUUGUAAGAAAAAAAAUGAGACGUUCUAUUAAAAUAAAAUGGUUAGUUAUUUUGGAGAAGUAAUAUUUCCAUCGUCACGAGCUUUUUGGGACGAUGAGGAUGAAUACGAAUCAGCUGAUAAUACAGAACAUUUUCCGAAAUUAUAUGUUCAUUGGUCAAAACCUAAACCAAAAUGCUUACAAAAGUUGAUCAUAAUAGAAGGGGAUCCAUUAAUUCCAUUUGUAGAACAGUGUUUGUGUUCCAAAAUGGAAGAAGCAUGCAUCAUAGAAAAUGAAAAACAUAAAAAAGUUUCAGUCAUUUAUCAAAUUAAUAAACAAAUAUAUAUAUGUAUAGUUUUACCACAAUUUGACACAAAAAAUGCUGGAAAAUUCAUAAACGAGAUAAACGAUUUGUUACUAAAUUUAGAGACUACAACUUCAAUAAUAUGUCGUCAUAUAUCGCAGUUCCAAAAUACAAAUGUUCCAGAAAUUCCUUCAUUUUUAAGAAUACUAGCUACCAAAACUACCAAUUUCACAAAAUGUGGGAUUGAACCAUUGGAACAACCAAAUAUUGUAUUUGGAGUUGGCGCAGGAAUCUUAUCUUAUGCCGAACUCCUGGGCAUACCAGCCAAGUCAUAUAUAUUGUAUAUCGACAGUUUUGUGUUGGAUUCCAAAUGUGUGGAACCGAUUUUACAAGUUUUAACCGAUGAAAUACCCUGUAAAUUACAGCAACCCAAAUUUGUGGAAAAUUCUUUUAGUAAAGGAAAUCUUUACAUGUAAAA